AUGGAGGGGAAAGAAGAGGACGUGAAGCUAGGAGCAAACAAGUUCUCAGAAAGGCAGCCAAUUGGCACAUCGGCGCAGACGGACAAGGACUACAAAGAGCCACCGCCGGCGCCACUGUACGAGCCGGGCGAGCUGAAGUCAUGGUCGUUUUACAGAGCCGGAAUCGCGGAGUUUAUGGCCACUUUCUUGUUCCUCUACAUCACCAUCUUGACGGUGAUGGGAGUCAACCGAUCUCCGUCCAAAUGCAACAGCGUCGGCAUUCAGGGCAUUGCUUGGGCCUUCGGCGGCAUGAUCUUCGCCCUCGUCUACUGCACCGCCGGCAUCUCCGGUGGGCACAUUAAUCCGGCAGUGACCUUCGGGCUUUUCCUGGCCAGAAAACUGUCCCUCACAAGAGCAGUAUUCUACAUCAUAAUGCAAUGCCUCGGCGCCAUCUGCGGCGCCGGCGUCGUCAAGGGCUUCGAGGGGUCCUCCUACGUGCAGAAGCUCGGUGGUGCCAACUUCGUGUCCUCUGGCUACACCAAGGGUAGCGGUCUUGGUGCUGAGAUCAUCGGUACCUUCGUUCUCGUCUACACCGUCUUCUCCGCCACCGAUGCUAAGAGAAAUGCCAGAGAUUCUCACGUCCCUAUUUUGGCUCCUCUUCCCAUUGGGUUUGCAGUGUUUUUGGUCCAUUUGGCCACCAUUCCCAUCACCGGAACCGGCAUUAAUCCGGCCAGGAGUCUCGGAGCUGCCAUCAUCUACAACAGGCAACACGCUUGGGAUGACCAUUGGAUCUUCUGGGUGGGACCUUUUGUUGGAGCUACUUUGGCUGCUAUUUACCACCAAAUCAUCAUCAGAGCCAUUCCAUUCAAGGCCAGAGCUUGAAGGUCAGAAGAACAGCUUCAUAAUUCAUAAUAUCAUUAUUAUCAUUUCCUAAGAGAUUAUCUUUGGAAUAUAUCAUCUUCUUUUUUUCAUUUCUUUCUUAAUAUGCGUGUGUUCUCUUCUUUAUCUCUUUUUUGGUAUCUGUAAACGUUGUUUAUUUUGGUGUUUCUUGAGAGAGACUGAGAUGGGUUUGUGUGUAAAUUAAGUUAUCUAUGUCUUAAUUAUUAGUGGAUGUUGUAAUUUUCAAGUUAUGUAAUGGAUUAUAUAUUAAUUCUUUUGUGCAA